CAUACACACUUAAGUCCCGCCCCUUCCUCGCCUCUCCUUCAUCAAAAACUAACAUGGCGGCAAUGGUAGCAAGCAGGAAGAGCAGCUCUCCCAGUUUAAUUGUUGUUUCACUCCAACUUCUGGUCAUCGGCAGCGUUCUAUCAGCACCAACGAACGUCAACUUAGAAGAUGUGACCACCACGAAAGCCAAACCUCAUCCGCCGACGAUUUCUCCUACAAUCGGCGAUAACAAAUAUGUUACUCACUCGGAAGCAAAAGUAGUUACGACAGUAAAUGAACCUGAAGAAUGGACCCAUCGCUACGUUGCAGCUACGGUUCCUACCGAACCAGCAGAUCCCCAGCCCAACCCCGCCGAACCAGCAGAUCCCCAGCCCAACCCCGCCGAACCAGCAGAUCCCCAGCCCAACCCCGCCGAACCAGCAGACCACCAGCCCAACCCCGCCGUACCUGCAGAGCACCAGCCCAACCCAGCCGUACCUGCAGAGCACCAGCCCAACCCAGCCGUACCUGCAGAGCACCAGCCCAACCCAGCCGUACCUGCAGAGCACCAGCCCAACCCAGCCGUACCUGCAGAGCACCAGCCCAACCCCGCCGUACCUGCAGAGCUCCAGCUCAAGCCCAUCCAGCCCAUCUCCCCCCAAGUGGACCAGACAAAAACGAGUGAUUCUGCCACGGACACAGAAGGCGGCAAAUCCACAGUGGUCAUCGGUUCUUCGGACAGCUACGCCAAGCAAACACCAGAAGAUGAGAAAAAGGUGUUGACGGCCACAGAAUCGCCCGCCGUUUCCAAAACUACAAAAGCUGCCGUCCCUGACAAAACAACAGAACCCACCAGACUUGCCGCGGAGGAGACCACGGCUCUCUCGCUCUCAGAGACCACCUUGCAGGACCUUGAGUCGGAUCGGUUCCAGCCCGCUGGCAAUGACGCGGCGUCUCGCGUUGACGCGGAAGAUGACGAGUAUGAUGGCGAGGACGACGACCAGGACACGUACGUGGACAACAUGUACCACAUGGAAGCUAACGAGGAAGAAGGUAAGACGGUGGUCCGACUGGAAACACCCGACAUCAAGGAAGACGUCAGCUACAAGAUGCCCGGGGUUUACAACACGGAGGACGAGGACUCCCACUUUUUUAUCCACCUGGUCAUCCUGGCUUUCCUGGUUGCCAUCAUCUAUAUCACCUACCACAACAAGAGAAAGAUCUUCCUGCUGGCUCAAAGCCGUCGCUGGAAGGAGAGUUUGUGCUCUCGUAACACUGUCGAGUACCACCGGCUGGACCAGAAUGUCAACGAGGCCAUGCCGUCCCUCAAAAUGACACGCGACUACAUCUUUUGAGCCACCGCACAAUGAACUCUUGAGACCUUUUGCUUCACUGGCACGUUGGCGGGUUGCCAUGUUUGUCGCAAUGAUGUUUUUUUAACUGUCAAAAAAUCAUUUACUGGGGUGUUGAAACAUUUAUUCUAUUUGAUUGAAUCGUCCGCUUUCAAUUUGGGUUCGUUCCAUUGUGGGGCAACAUUACAAUAGAUGAAAAUAACACUUAUUACUUGGACGCAGGCAUUGUUUUCCUACGUUUCAACCCCCUCGCAACUCCCACUGGCCAGAUGCUGGCUUGCAGGACUCCUGGUUGGCCUCCUCUUUUUUUAUGACUUCGAUGAAGUCCCUGUCAAUCACCCAUGCUCACUAAAUGUACACAAAAAUGACCCCAGUAGUACAGUCUGUUUGCAGCAAAACCCGUACGGCGACUUCACUUGGACACUUUUCGUUGCACAAAGACGCCAUAUUAAGUAAGAAAAUUCAGUGCAAGUAAAAGAACAAAAAUGGGGUUUCUAUGUUUACUAUUUUCCACAUUAUUCAAAUGAUGUACUCCAGUAAUACUGAUAACUGUAUUUAGAUGUGCUUUUUUAGGAAUGCAAGAAUGCCGCAGAAUCAAAUUGUAAAAGUGCCCUGGAGAGGGCACACAUUGAACUCGCUGGCUGCCUUUGAUUGCGCUAGACAUCAAUUCCAUUUUGAUGGGGAACGUUCAUUUGCCCUCCCGGUCAAAAUGGAUUGGAUAUCUAGCGCCGUCAAUGGCACUGAAAGACAGCCAGUUAGAAGUACAAAAUUCCUUUACUGUAUUGCUGAAAUAUCACAUUUAAUUUUGACAAUUGACUGACAUUUCAUGCUUCGCCCGCUGCAAGGGACACGCAUAACAAAGAUGGCGGCCGAUUAGGUACGAAUGAGCAGUACGUCUAUGAGUUUUAAUUCAUAAUCUUGGCCAAUGCAAAGCACGUCAAUCCACUUUUAAAAAUUGUAAGCCACAAAAUAUAUUCUUAUUUAAACUGAUUGUAGUUUGAUAUUUUCACAUCAGACAUGUUUGUUUUGGCGACUGAUGUUUUUUUUUUUUUUUGCCUUGUUGCCUCACUGUUUUAUUAUUAUUAUUAUUAUUUUUAAAAAUCUUCCAUUCAAGGCCUUUUAGCUCUGGUUCUUUAUCAAUUUAUAAUAAAAUCAAGGCACUCUAGUUUGACGGGCAGAUAAUUUUUUUGCACUGUGGAAGAUCGACACUGCUCAAUCAACUGUAGAAUCACUUUUCGUUUUGUCAAUAAAGCACAAAUGAUGCCAUG